AUGAAUAUGAAUGUUGAUUUCUUUGCUCAGAUGAUUGCUGAAGCUUCACCAUUGUUACAAAACCCAUCUGGUUCCAAUUCCAAUGGGCAAUUUAUUUCUCCAAAUCCAAACACUUUCGCUUCAAUUAAUCAAAGUAAUUCUGAUUUUACUUCCAAUGCAGCUGACUUAUCCAACGUUGAUAUCUUGGAUUUUAUUCCUGCUGCUGCUGUUGCUGAACAACAUCAAAUCCAUCAUUAUCAACAACAACAACAACAAUUGCAACAAGUUCAACAAGUACAACAAUUUCAACAAUAUUUACAAACCCCAAAAUCUGCUGUGAGUCCUAAAUUUCAAUUGACUGGUGGUUCUAACUUUUCAGCUAACCCAACUCCAUCUUUUGGUGCUAUUGCUUCUUUUGCAGGUAGUAGUGAUGAUAUUCCAGCUGCAAGUGCUUCCAUUCCUGUUACUGCUCAAUUUUCUCCAAUUACUCCCAAUGUUUUAAACUUUGGUUCCCAAUUGAAUUUACAGGCUCAUCAACAACGUGUCCAACAACAACAAGCUGCUGUUGAACAUCGUGCUAGUACUCCAAGUUCAGUUCAAGCUAUGGGUAAUUCUCCAUUGCAAUUUUCUCCACAACAAGCACACUACACAUCAUCAUCUCGUAUUUCAUCUGCCAGUACUUCAGUUGCUGAUAAGAAUAGUCCUACUAUUGGUUUAGGUGUUAGUGUUAUUGAUCCUGCUCCUGUUCCUGCUCCACAACAACCAUCAUCUAGUAUCAUGAAGAUUACUAAGAAACAACCAUCACCACAUGAACAAGCAGCUUUUCAAUUUCAACAACAAGUCAAUAAUGAAGCUCAUAAAUCUUCAUUAAACCAUAAACGUGUUAGUAGUACUACAUCUACUUCUACAUCUAAAUCUCAAACUCAACUGGAUGCUCAAUUACAAAAAUUGAUUGAACAACAAAGAGAAAAACAACAACAACAAUUGUUAUUAUUAAAGAAAGGAGAGAUUCCAAAACCUCCAGAAUUGAAACCAAAGAGAAAAUCAAGUUGUAGACCACACAAACAAAAAAGAAGAUUGCAACAACAACAACAACAACUGCAAUUUCUGCAAUUGAGAAAAAUAUCUCCUCCUCCUUUACAACCAAUCACUGGGGAUUCUCCAACAACCAUUGAAGUUGCUAGUCCUGAACUGGAUAUGAAUAAUAAUGAAUUAAGUUUUGCAAACAACACUAGUGCUUUUAUAUUUGGUGGUAAUAUUACUGCUGAAGAGUUGUUGAGUAAUGAUCCUUUUGAAGCUUUAAGUGGUAAUAAUAGUUUAAUUGAUUGCAAAGGUGAUCUUUUAUCAGAAUUUGUUGAUUUUGAAUAUGAAGAAACUACUACUGGAGAUUUUGAAAAAUCAAUUACUGAUGAUGAUUUUGAUUUCUUAAACUUGAAUAAAACUUCUAAUGUUGCUUGUAAUAAUGUUUUAACACAACGUCCAAUUUUGAAAAAGAAGAAAUCUGUUGUAUCAUCUUCCAACAUUGGUACUACACCAACUAAAAUUGGUAAAAAAACCUUAAAGAAAGCUUCUUCAUUUAGUGGUGGUUCUACUCCUACAUUCAUCAUGAAUCCAAAAUUACAAUGGACAAAAUCUCAAACCAAUGAUCAACAUCGUCAAAGGUUGAUGACAAGAAAUGUUUCUCAUGGUCACACUCAAUCAAUGAGUGAACUAGGUGCUGAUAAUAAUGGAAUUGGUCAAGGUAUGCCGGUUUUCACCUUGAGUAACCAUUAUCUGUUUGUUUAUGAAACUGCUGAUACCAUUUAUCAAGAUGAAAGCAUUGAAGACAGUUCAACUCAAACUACCCCUCGUAAACAACAAAAUAAUUCAAUGUUAAGUGAGGUAGAUUUGUUGAAGAAUCUUGAAUCUGGUUUAGGUGAAUUCAAACUUGAUUUGAACAAGAGAAAGUGA